CGCUUCUGGGCGGGGGGGUCUGUGCUCCUACAGGGUUGGAAGCGGCUCUUGCUCGUUUAGAUGAACAUACAGAGGCCAUUAGUUUUAAAAGAGGAGGAUGCGGAGGUCCACCGAAUACGUGACAGGUGUAGAUAGUGACAAGGCUGGGGCUCGUACUCUCAUCCCGGGCGACGGAGCCUGGGCUCGCUUUGCCGCAGGGAGGGCAUUCCUGAGGGUCGUUCCAGAAAUGGUCAGGGAGCCGGGGAGCAUCUCUCCUCCCAAGGGGCUGCCCCACUGAGGGUCGGGGAGUCGGAAGCCCUGGACCACAGUGUAGGGUGCGAUUGGCUAACUUCAGAGGGGCCAGCGCGCAAUACGUUUUGUUUGGAGGCGCGACAGGUGCCUCAAGGCCUCCGUAGGAAGGCAACCUCCCGACUUCUAGUAAAUUAUCCAGAGCCCUAUCGUUCUCAAAUAUUGGAUUAUCUCUUUAAGCCAAACUUCGGUGCCUCUUUGCAUAUUCUAAAAGUCGAAAUAGGUGGUGAUGGGCAGACAACAGAUGGUACCGAGCCCUCCCACAUGCACUAUGCGUUAGAUGAGAAUUAUUUCCGAGGAUAUGAGUGGUGGUUAAUGAAGGAAGCUAAGAAGCGGAACCCUAAUAUUAUACUCAUGGGCUUGCCGUGGUCGUUCCCUGGAUGGCUGGGAAAAGGUUUCAACUGGCCUUAUGUCAAUCUUCAGCUGACUGCCUAUUAUGUCAUGACCUGGAUUGUGGGCGCCAAGCAUUAUCAUGAUUUGGAUAUUGAUUAUAUUGGGAUUUGGAAUGAGAGGUCAUUUGACAUCAAUUAUAUCAAGCAAGCAUUGACUCAACACCGGGGGGUGUCAGGCAUUCCAUGCAUGCUUAGAAGACAAGGACACAAAAUACCGUUGCUGCCCAAAAGGAGUUCACAUUUGAGAGCUACAGAGUCCCGGAUGGACAAUGAAAAUAUCAGUCAUAAUUUCUCUAACAGAAUAAUGCCCAUGCAGGGUUGUCAGAAGGUGUUAAGAAGAAUGCUGAACUAUCAGGGUCUCGAUCGAGUGAAAAUCAUAGCGAGUGACAAUCUCUGGGAGCCCAUUUCUGCUUCUAUGUUGCUCGACUCUGAGCUCUUGGAGGUGAUUGAUGUUAUAGGAGCUCAUUAUCCUGGGACCCACAUAGUAAAGGAUGCGAAGCUGACUAAGAAGAAGCUUUGGUCUUCUGAAGAUUUUAGCACUGUAAAUAGUGAUGUGGGUGCAGGCUGCUUGGGCCGCAUAUUGAAUCAGAAUUAUAUCAAUGGCUACAUGACUGCCACAAUUGCUUGGAAUUUGGUGGCUAGUUACUAUGAACAGUUGCCUUAUGGACGAUGUGGAUUGAUGACUGCUCAGGAGCCAUGGAGUGGGCACUAUGUAGUAGAGUCUCCUAUCUGGGUAUCAGCUCAUACCACGCAGUUUACUCAACCAGGUUGGUAUUACCUGAAGACAGUUGGUCACUUAGAGAAAGGAGGAAGCUACGUGGCUCUGACUGAUGGCCUAGGUAACCUCACCAUCAUCGUUGAAACUAUGAGCCAUAAACAUUCUAAGUGUAUACGGCCGUUUCUGCCUUACUUCAAUGUGUCACAUCAGUUUGCUACCUUUGUUCUUAAAGGUUCUUUUAGUGAAAUACCAGAGCUACAGGUGUGGUAUACGAAGCUUGGAAAACCAUCUACGAGAUUUCUUUUUAAACAACUGGAUUCUCUAUGGCUUCUCGACAGCAGUGGCACCUUCACCCUGGAGCUGCAGGAGGACGAGCUCUUCACGCUCACCACUCUCACAACCGGGGGCAAGGGCAGCUACCCGCUGCCUCCAAAGUCCCAGCCCUUCCCACGAAUUUAUAAAGAUGAUUUUGAUUUUGAUUACCCAUUUUUUAGUGAAGCUCCGAAUUUUGCUGAUCAGACUGGCGUCUUUGAAUACUUUACGAACAUUGAAGACCCUGGAGAGCAUCGCUUCACGCUACGCCAAGUUCUCAAUCAGCGGCCCAUUACUUGGGCUGCUGAUGCAUACAACACCAUCAGUAUUAUAGGAGAUUACAAAUGGUCCAAUCUGACUGUAACGUGUGAUGUUUACAUAGAGACUCCUGAGAAGGGAGGCGUGUUCAUUGCCGGAAGAGUAAACAAAGGUGGUAUCUUGAUUAGAGGCGCCAGAGGAGUUUUCUUCUGGAUUUUUGCAAAUGGAACCUACAGAGUUACGGGUGAUCUAGCUGGAUGGAUCAUAUAUGCUUUAGGACAUGUUGACGUUACAGCAAAAACUUGGUAUACACUCACAUUAAUUAUUAAGCUUUUGCUCAGACUGUGGAAUUGUGUUUUGCCAUGGUCUGAAGUGAGAAGGAUGUUUGCUCCACUGACUAGAUUGGCCGUACAUAUUAAGAAAUGGACCUCAGAGAAUCACUUUUAUACGUCUUCAAGGGGUGCGUUUGUCUUUCCUCCAGGGCCGGUUCUCCUCUGGCAUGCUGAACGGCAGGUAUGUCUGGACGAACAUCCCUGUGAGUUUCCCGAAGAAUGGCUGGGCUGCCAUUGGAACGCACUCCUUUGAAUUUGCACAGUUUGACAACUUUCAUGUGGAAGCCACAAGCUAAUAUUCACGGAGCACCAUAGAACCACUCUCUGGGUUUUCUUUCUUUCUGGUUUUGGUUGAGAGCCAGUUCUUUUGAUGGAUCAAUAUAUGAGCCUCUUGGAGGCCAACAAUAGUGAAGAGUAAAUGGGGAGAGAAAUACAUGUUUGCUUGAUCUUCUGGAAGAUAUUUUUAGAACUAGUGCCCAGGGAAACCGAUGAAUCUUGAACAUGACCUGAUAUGUCCCCUAAAAUUCAAGCUGUGCAGCGGUCCUCUUGUGAGGCGUGGUUUGGGUGGUUCACACCUCGAAGGCUUGGCACUGAUGCUGAGCUGGCUUUCUCCAUCGCACGCGCAAGGGAUCGUGUGGACGGCAGUAACCCGAUCAUCACAGACCGACUGUGUGUCUGAGUGAGUGGAUGGCCUUGUCCGGAGGUCACACCACACCGUAGGGAGCUGAAGAACACUGGAAGUGCUGCUUUUUGAAAACCACUUCAACACAUUAGUCUUAACACUCUAAAGAGUAUUUUUUCUUUUCCUUUUUACGAUGAUGCUUUUGAAUUAUAGAUAUGAUGAGUGGAUGUGUCGUGAUUGCAAAAAUGCCUCACUAAUAAACUACCUCUAAAGCUAGUCCUGCAGUAAUCGAUAUGAGCAGAUUAAUUGGGUUAUCUGCAGUUAUUAAUUCUUUUAAAUCCAGCCUUUAGUCUUGUAACCCUUAAGACUCUCUGUGAACAUUUCCCCAGGUGGCUGGAAGGAGGAAGAAAAUCCCACAUAGCCAGUGCUUUCCGUGGGUCUACAGAUGAAGCUGGAGCAGUUUUCUUGUGUCUCGUGUCGUGGUGCCUCUCGCGGCCUUCUUCUGUGCUGCUGGCCAUGGACUGACACAGCUAAUGCAUUCUCCUACCUUUGUGUGGGGAAGAAGGGGCACGCCAAGCUUCUGCUAGCUCAUAGAAUUGGAUCAUCCUUUAAUAUUCAGUGUGGUUAGAUGCAUUUAUUUCAUGAAAGUACAAUGUGUUUAUAUUUGAGUGUGGGAGCAUAUUUCUCAUGCAGUAUAAUUUACAUCUAAGCAUUAGUAGACCUCCUAGAAACAACUCCAUUGUUCAUGUCGAUAACGUAAAUUCUGGAAUUCUCUAAAAUGAAAGUUCAAAACUUCACUGGACUAAUAUUAGAAUUUUGGUAUUUGUAAUGGUUUAACAUAGGCUAAACUGAAUGAAGUUUUGUAUGUCUAUUAAAGACAACAAGCUCGAUAUUAUAAUAUAUCAGAUUAUAGAGAAAAUUUUUUAAUUAAAACCAAGUCUAAGUGAUUUCCACUUCAGGUCUCUACAGAUUUUUUAAGUUAGCUUUAUUGUGGUAUAAUUUACAUACAAUAAAAUGUUCCCAUUUUAAGUAUACAGUUAAAUGAGUCUUGAUAAAUGGAUACACGCACAAAACCAACACCCCAACCAAGCUAUGAACAUUUCCAUUACCCCAGAAAGUUCUCGUGUUGCACCUGAGCAAUAAUGUCUUCUCACCUGCCCCCAUCUCAGAUUUCUGUUGCUACUGAUAAGUUUUCAUUGUUCCAAAACAUUAUAGAAGUGGCGUCAUACACUAUGUACUCUUCUGUGAAUGGUUUCUUUCAUUCAGCAUAAUGCUUUUGAGAUUUGUCUAUGUUGCUAUGUGUAUCAAUGGUUUGCUCCUUAUUUCAAAGAAUAUUCCAUUGUAUGAUUAAACCACAAUUUGUCAUUCUCUUCCCUCACUUUUUGGAAUUCCAAAUAAAUCUGUUAUGGACAUUUGUGUACAA